AUAUCUGUUAAUAGUUUUUGUUUAGAGUUCCAAAACAGAGAUUUGAGUUGGAACUAAUCAAAAAUUUGUCAGUAGUAGUGCGCUAUUUCUUUUUUUGAAUUUCAUUCGUCUCUUCUUCUUUCUCUUUCUUUCAUUUUAAACUUGAAAAGUAACUCUUUUGUCUGAAGCAGGGAGCGCCUCGUGUAUCGAAAUGGACGAUUACACGAGAGAGAUGAUGGAUCUCAAGACAUUGGUCACUCGAACCCUCGAGAAGAAAGGUGUCCUCGCUAAGAUUCGGGCUGAGCUACGUGCGAGUGUGUUUGAAGCAAUUGAAGAAGAGGAUCGAGUGAUUCAAAACAGCCAAGGCUUGCCUCCAGCUUUGUUGGGAAACUGCAAUGAUCGUGCUAGGCGCCUUCACGCUUCUCCUUCAGGCAGGUUGCUAUCUGCGUUGGUAUGUGAAUACUUGGACUGGGCGCAGCUAAACCACACACUCAAAGUUUAUCAGCCAGAAUGUAAUUUGGCAAAAGAUUCAUGGAAGUCUGAGUUACGCGACUUUAGUAGCAACAGUGGCUAUGAGCUCAACAGAAACGGAGGUAGCAAACCACUCCUUCUUGAUGUUCUUGAUGGAUUCUUCAAGUUUGAGGUGGUGGUGGCGGUUCAAGGAGAGAGUCAGAAACGGAGUCCUCAUCAAGCCUUGACUCCAGAAACCCUCCUCGUAGAUCAUCUGCCUCUGAUAGCUUACCUCCUCAACGAAGGUCAGUAUCUGCAUCCCAAGCAUCGGAUUCUUUCAGGCCCUACCUUUGGGUACAUAAAAGAGGAACACAGUUGGAGAUAUGAGAGUGAAGAUGGGACAGAAGAGGUAACGAGAGCUUCAGCAGCGCUGGAAAAUCUGCAGCUAGAUAGGAAAACUAGGAACCUAACAUCAUCUUGGAGUAGGAAUGUGAGGGAUGGAACAAGUGAAGAAGCAGGGAAAGAUAAACAUGGCUCUUUGAUGUGAAUUAGUAACGUUGAUAUGUGUGUGACUCUUUGUAUUUAUUUAUGGCGUUAAAUGUUUGCAACUGUGUUUGUUUAUCUUUUUUGUUUGUAUUUGUCAAAGUAGUUGUUUGAGAAGGGAUUGGAAGCAAGUUUAUAUAGCAAACGAAAUCUUCCCUACAA